AUGUUUGCCCUCCGCCUCUGCACCCGCCAGCCCCGCCCCGCAGCCGCUGCGCUGUCGACCACGGCCCGGGCUGCGGUGGAGAUCUUCGAGACGCCCGCAGGGAGCGGACGCGGCGCCGGCGGGCAGGUCGAUGCCGUGGCCCUAGCUGCCCUGCCAGACGUGCCUGCCAUGGUUGAUGCCCUACAGGAUGCCUUGGACUAUGAGCCGGGCUUCCACCGCUGGCGCCGUGGCGGUGCCAGCAAGUUCCUCCCUCGUCUGGUUGACCCGGCCGCCCCCGCCGCCGCCAUGGCCGCCGCCGCCGCCUCGGCCGAUGACGUCGCCGUCAUCUUCUCAACCGCCCUGCCGCUGCUCAACCUUGCUGCUGCUGCCGAGUACGGCUCCGUCGCCGCCGUCCCUGCUCCGCUUCUGGAUUCGGCUGCCACCGCCCGCCUCGUCGCCCUCGCCGUCGACGAUGCCGCCCCGGGCGUCAUCGCCGACGCCCUCGCCGCCCGCCCCACCACCCGCCUCUUCCCGGCCGCCGACGACUACAAGGCCCUGCUUACCGCUGCUGCUGACGCUGCCCCUGACACGCUCUCGCGCAUUUAUCCGUUUAUGGCCCUGGAUCACCCGCAGGCUCUCGACAACGACACCGCAACUGCCGUCGUCGCCGCUGCCGCCGCCGCUCCGACCUGGGCCGACGACGCCGCCUCCAUCGCCGCCUCCCUCCCCGAUGCUGACGCCGAUGCCGAUGCCGAUGCUGCCCCGGCCGCUCCUGCCUCGGUCUCGCUCCCCAAGAGCCUUGCCACCGCAGUCCAGGUUGCCGCUGACGCCGCCGCCCUCGGCCUAGACACCGCGCCCGCGCUCGCCCGCGACAUCCUCGACGCUGUGGCUCAUGCGCCCGAGCUUGAUGCGCGAGUGGGCGACGCCCUCACCGCACAGAUUGAGGCUGUGCUUGAUCUGUAGAGUGAACGACUGCUUGAUGAUGAUGAUAA